AUGGAGACACAGGAAGACAUUUACACAAAAAGUGAAGUAUCUAAUAUAAAAUGCGAAACCCAAUUAGAGAACGAUGAUGUGAAUAAUACAGAAUUUCCAGUUACUAUAAAAAAUGAAUUUAAACAAGAAUUACUUCUACUCGAAGAUAAUACAGCUAAUGAAGAUUCUAAAGAUUGGCUCAAUCAAAUGAAUACAGAAAUAUUUAUUGAAAAUGUAAAACAUGAACAAAUUGAAGAUAAUAGUAAUUUGUUAACCUGUAAAAAUUUGAAGUGUGAACCAAAUAUUAAAGAUGAUAAAGACGUAAUUGAAGAAAAUCAGAUUCAAUGUGGCCAUAAAAUUGGCGUAACGGAAAAAACAAAAGUCGAGAACAUUAGUGAUAACACUAGUGCGUCAGAAAAUAUAAAUAUAAUCUCCAAUAUUCAAGUAAAGAGUGCGAUAGAAAGUGCUAAGAGAAAUGUGCUUAUUGAUGAAACACAUGAUGUCGAAAAGAAAGCAAAAACCCAAUCGAAGAAGAGUGCUACCAAAAGAAGUUGUGGAGGAAAAAAGACAUUGAAAAACAAUGCAAUCAAAAAAAUAGUCAAGACUAGAUCUGGUGUGUUGAAUAAAGCUAGCUCCAAUUUAAUCCAUAAAAUUGGGGUAAAGGUAAAACCUGUUGAAAUCGAGAACAUUAAUGAUAACACAUCGGAGAAUAUUAAUAUAAUCUCCAAUAUUAAAAUAAAAAGUGCGAUAGAAAGUGCCAAGAGAAAUCUAUUUAGUGAUGAAAAAGAUGAUAGGAAUAAGGAAGUUGUGGGUGUGAUAUCUAAAAUACGCGGGGAAGGGGUAACUAAGGGAUUAUGUUUUAGUUGUACAAGAAACAUACAUAAUGCGUGUCCAGGUUAUAAAUGCUUGAACUGCAGUCGAGCCUACCAUGAAAAUUGUAUUCAUAAACAUAAUAUGUUUAAUGUAUUGAGAGACGAGAUUUUUAAAUGCAAAACAUGUAAAACAAAAAAGAAUUAA